GGGACCAUUGGGCGUGGGCGGGACUGGUGGGCCCAAUGGCGAGGAUGCUGCGCAGUCAAGGAUAUAGGGCUGAGUGGCGUCAAUGAGCAAAAGGGAGACUUUCCCUCCGCUUGCUCAGGAAAGAGACUGGGGCGAACGAGGCCUUUAAACAAGUGCUCCGGCUUCCUCCGCAGGGAGCUGGGCUGAAACCCUGGGGGAGGCUAGUGCUCGGAGAGCCCUGCAGGGAAACCUAAUCCGGGCUUCAGAACUGCCGACGCCCCGCCCCGCGCGCUGAUUGGUCAGGUCGCCAGCUCGGUGUUACACAAGGAAGACCUGGAGAAGCGGAGUUUGCCCAAGGAAUGGGCCCCCCGCGGCACUACUGCGCAUGCUUGCGCCGUGACCCUAACUUGAGGUGACGGCCCGAACUGAGGCGGGGGCCUCUGGCACAGAAGCUGAGGGACCUGCCACGGCUCGGUCGCUGGAAAGGGAGGGCUCCGCUGCCGUCGCCGCCCGGCCGGUGCCCGGACAGAGCCCUGGACCGCGAGGUUCCUUGCCAGGGAGAAGGAGAAGAAAUCCAUCUGCUGGGGUCUGAGUGUGGCCUGGGGGACGGGCCAUAGGUCCCGAAAUGCCCCUGCCUGAGCCCGGUGAGCAUGAGAGCGAGAGUGUGAAGGCCGGCCAGGAGCCAUCCUCGGAGUCCCCUGAGCCGGGCACAGAUGUCGUUCCCGCAGCCCCCAGGAAGCCCAGGAAGUUCUCCAAACUGGUCCUGCUGACGGCCUCCAAAGACAGUGCCAAGGUGGCCGGGGCCAAGCGCAAAGGAGUGCACUGCAUCAUGUCCCUGGGGGUGCCCGGCCCUGCCACCCUCGCCAAGGCCCUCCUCAAGACCCAUCCUGAGGCCCAGCGGGCCAUUGAGGCAGCCCCUCAGGAGCCUGAGCAGAAACGCAGCAAGCUGGACACAGAUGGAAAAGAAGACAGAAAGUUGGCAGGGUGGCCUGCCCCCAGUCCUGCAGUGGGCGGGGAGGAGUCCACCAUGGGACCCAGUGAAGCCCAGUAACCCUGACAACAGCAGGUGCAACCUUGAUGGGGCCAGUCUCCCUGCUGGAGCCUCAGAAACCUCACCUCCUCCAGGAAGCCACACAGGACUGACAGCCCCACUGUAUAGGGGCUCUGCUGUCAUGGCAGCAGAGGACGGGGUGGGCCUGCAGUCUGCGGGUGGGGACCCCAACAGAUAUGUAUGGUACUCCUAUCGUGUUCCUUCUGGAUGGUUUGGGAGGUGAAGGAGAUGCCUGGGAACCUGAGCCCCUCCCCAGGUUCUGCGUGCUGCUCCUGCUGGAGAAGGAGUUGAAGAAACACAAUUCCCUGCCAACCUGAAGUCAAGGUCCCUCGGAAAAGGCUUCAGCCUUCAGUUGCUUCAUCUUGUGUGGUCCUUAUUCUUUGAAAACUGCCACCGGGUGCAAGGAAACAGAUUAUUUUUAAAUUAUAAAGUUUAGAGUCCUUAUGUUUUAAAACAACAUUUUCUAAAUGUAAUCAGUAUCGACUCCCCCUUAGGAGAGUGAGGUACUCAUCAUGUUUUCCUUGUCAGCUCUCCAUUUUGCAAUGUUAUUUUUACAGAAUGUUUGUUUGUAACAGUUAUAUUCUGUAACCAUAAUUUGAGGCCUUCUUUUUUCUUUUUUUUUUUUCUUUUUUUUUUUAGCUGAGCCAUCCUGCCACCUGUUGGCAGCUC